UUACUCGGGCUUUUCCCGCACGAGAGUCGUACCUGCCUCCACAAAACCGGCGUGAGCUCACAAAAUCAACGUAGUGAAAGCGAAGAAAGACUGAAACUCUGAAAUCAAGCGAUGGCGAAAUUUCAGAUCUGGCUAGCCGUUGUGUCGACGGCUUUGUUGGCUGCAUCAGUUUUGGCAGACGUCGUUGUGCUUACCGAAGAUAACUUCGACAAGGAAGUUGGUCAAGAUAGAGGAGCUCUCGUCGAGUUCUACGCUCCAUGGUGUGGGCACUGUAAAAAACUUGCUCCAGAGUAUGAGAACCUUGGCACAAGCUUUAAGAAGGCAAAAUCUGUUUUAAUUGGAAAGGUGGACUGUGAUGAGCAUAAGAGCUUAUGCAGCAAAUAUGGAGUGAGUGGAUACCCCACACUUCAAUGGUUUCCUAAGGGAACUAUGGAGCCCAAAAAGUAUGAAGGGCCACGCACUGCAGAAGCCCUUGCUGAGUUCGUGAAUAGUGAAGGAGGGACCAAUGUGAAGAUUGCUGUUGCACCAUCUGAUGUAGUGGUACUCACGGGUGAUAACUUUAAUGAGGUGGUCCUGGAUGAGAGCAAGGAUGUUUUGGUAGAGUUUUAUGCACCAUGGUGCGGCCAUUGCAAAAAUCUUGCUCCUACUUAUGAAAAGGUGGCUUCAGCAUUUAAGUUGGAAAAAGAUGUAGUGAUUGCCAACCUAGAUGCUGACAAACACAAAGAUCUCGGAGAGAAGUAUGGAGUUAGUGGAUUUCCUACGUUGAAAUUCUUUCCAAAGAGUAACAAAGCUGGUGAAGAUUAUGAGGGCGGCAGAGAUUUAGAAGACUUUGUCUCUACCAUCAAUGAAAAGUGUGGCACUAAUAGGGAUAGCAAAGGUCAACUCACUUCAAAGGCUGGCAUAGUUGCAAGUUUAGAUGACUUGGUAAAAGAGUUCUUAUCUGCUGGCGAUGAAGAGAAGAAGACUGUCUUCACCCGGAUAGAAGAAGAAGUUGAGAAGCUCAGGGAUUCCACCGCAAGGUAUGGAAAGAUUUACCUAAAAGCUGCUAAAAGUACUUUGGAGAAAGGCGCAGACUAUCCAAAGAAGGAGAUUGAGCGGCUCCAGCGCAUACUUGCAAAGUCAAUCAGCCCUGCAAAAGCAGACGAGUUCACCCUUAAGAAGAAUAUCCUGUCAGCAUUCACCUAAUCCAAUGGCUUGCAGCACGUCUUGGCCAGAGUGUGGGCCACUAUCUAGUUUCCAGCAGACUGGUUUCUUUCACCAUUCCCGUGAUGGCGGGACUCUUGCGAUGCAAAAUAUAGUUGGCCAUGGUCAAUCAAGCAGAUAUACAGCAAUUAGUAUUUUUCCCCGGGGUAGUUUCUCUUUGUAAUCUUAUUUACAGUGACAACUUCAGUUUUGUGAUAAAACGUAUCAGCUGAUUUAUCUAAAAUUUGCAUGCUGAUGACCGUAGACAUUAUAUUCUGAUUUGCGGGCGUGGUUUUUAGUGGAUAACAUUUGUAGGAAAA